GACCUGGACAAUGGCUUUCUCCACAAAACAGAACUGGAAACGAAACUAAGUGGACUUCAUUCUUGGGUGGAAUUAAUGAGUAUUGUCCAUGAGCAGGAGCUUGACGAAGUGAUGUCCCAGGUUAAAGAUAUUUCAGUUGUCCUGGGGAUUGACAACAACAGAUACAUUCCUGACCCCCACCAGAUUGUGGAGGAUGUGAGAGCUCAGUAUGAAGAUUUGGCUAUGAAAAGCUGGGAAGAGUUGGAGGCACUCACCCGAUCCAAGCUGAAUGAAAGAGAAGUGUUAUGUGCUAAGUAUGGGGACCAUCUCCUUAACGACCGGAGAAUGAUUGCUGAGUUAAAUAUACAGAUCCAAAAAUUGAGGUCUUGCAUUACCUGUCUGAAAAGCCAGUGUCUACAUUUAGAGGAUAACAUCAAAGAUGUUGGUCUACAAGGAGAAGCAUCCCUAAAGGAUGCCAAAGCAAAACUGGCAAAAUUGGAAGAUGCCCUGUAUAAUGCCAGGCAAGACUUGGCUCAGCUGGUUAAGGAGUAUCAAGAGCUGAUGAAUACCAAGCUGGCUUUGGACAUUGAGAUUCUCACUUACAGGAAACUAGUAGAAGGAGAAGAAAUCAGGUAA